GAGCCCGCCGCUGCCGCUCGCUGCCGCCCGCGCCAAACACCAACAGGCGUCGCCAACCGACGCGCGCGAGCCCGCAACCGGCCUGUCCCCCUCGCGCCGCUGAGCCGCCCCGCCGAUGGACGCCGCCCCCGCCAGCGGCCUCCCACACGGGGGCAGCCCCCCGCGCGCGCCCCCCGUGUGGACCCUGAAGAGGGGCUGCGACGUGCUGCGCGACCCAACCCUCAACAAGGGUCUGGCUUUCACCUUGGAAGAGAGACAACAGCUGAAUAUUCAAGGAUUACUGCCUCCCUGUUUUCUCAGUCAAGAAAUCCAAGUUUUAAGGGUUCUAAAAAACUUUGAAAGACAAGCCUCUGAUCUGGACAGGUAUAUUUUGCUAAUGGGACUUCAGGAUCAAAAUGAAAAACUAUUCUAUAAAGUGCUCAUUUCUGACAUUGAAAGAUUCAUGCCUAUUGUUUAUACUCCCACUGUGGGUCUGGCAUGCCAACAAUAUGGUAUAGCAUUUCGGAGGCCAAGAGGACUCUUCAUCACACUCCACGAUAGAGGACACAUUGCAACAUUGCUUAAAUCAUGGCCCCAAACAGUUAUCAAGGCUAUUGUGGUGACUGAUGGAGAACGUAUUCUUGGCCUUGGAGACCUUGGUUGUUAUGGAAUGGGCAUCCCAGUGGGUAAACUAGCACUUUACACAGCGUGUGGAGGAAUGAAGCCCCAGGAGUGUCUGCCUGUUAUGCUUGAUGUGGGAACUGACAAUGAGGAGUUGUUAAAAGACCCUUUAUAUAUUGGGCUGAAACAUAAACGAAUCAGAGGCCAAGCUUACGAUGAUCUUCUAGAUGAAUUUAUGCAAGCUGUGACUUCCAGGUAUGGCAGAAACUGCCUCAUUCAAUUUGAGGAUUUUGCUAACAUAAAUGCAUUCCGCCUCCUGAAUAAAUAUCGCAACCUGUACUGCACUUUCAAUGAUGACAUUCAAGGAACAGCAUCUGUCGCUGUUGCUGGUCUCCUUGCUGCUCUCCAGAUUACUGACAACAAACUGUCAGACCACACAAUACUGUUCCAGGGAGCAGGAGAGGCAGCUCUAGGGAUAGCCAAUCUGAUUGUUAUGGCCAUGGAAAAGGAAGGAACACCUAAAGAAGAAGCUAUCACAAAGAUAUGGAUGGUUGAUUCCAAAGGGUUAAUUGUAAAGGGUCGUGCUUCACUAACAUUGGAGAAGCAACGGUUUGCCCAGCAGCAUGACGAGAUGAGAAAUCUAGAAGAAAUUGUUGACAAAAUAAGGCCAACAGCUCUUAUAGGAGUUGCUGCCAUUGGUGGUGCAUUUACAAAACAGAUCAUCAAGAAUAUGGCUUCCUUCAACAAGCGGCCAAUUAUUUUUGCCCUUAGUAACCCAACUAGCAAAGCAGAAUGCUCUGCUGAGGACUGCUACCAUCUCACUGAGGGGAAUGGCAUUUUUGCGAGUGGAAGUCCAUUUGAUCCAGUCACUCUUCCAGAUGGACGCACUUUUUUUCCUGGUCAGGGAAAUAAUGCCUAUGUGUUCCCAGGAGUUGCUCUUGGCGUUGUUUCAUGUGGAAUAAGACACAUAAAUGAAGAAAUUUUCCUCACCACUGCAGAGGUUAUAAGUCAACAAGUAUCACAGAGACAUUUAGAAGAGGGUCGUUUGUAUCCACCUUUAGCUUCGAUUCAAGAUGUCUCUCUGAAGAUUGCUGUAAAAAUUGUGGAGGAAGCCUACAGUAACAACACAGCUUCUUUCUACCCUGAGCCAGAAGACAAGGAAGCAUUCAUCCGCUCCCAGAUGUAUAGCACUGACUAUGAAAGCUUCCUGACAGACUCUUACACCUGGCCCAAAGAAGCCAUGAAAAUACAAACUGGAAACUUCUAAUCAGAGAACAGCACUGAAACAAUAAGAUGCACUAGUUUUCAUCUUUUGUUAAAUCAGAAAACUCAGCUCUGUUAGAACUCAGGAUAUUCUUGUCUUCCUUUUUAAUAAUGCGGAACACUUUUGAAAACGAUGAAACUUUGGUUAACAAUGUCAAGUUCUUCUAUAACUAUAAGAUUAUUAACUAUAUCUAAUUAUGCUAAAUCACACAAAAUAAAAAUAAGUAAUUUAGA